GGUGGCUUUCCAGCUUUGUGGGAGGGUCUACCAGGAACUGGGUGGCAGGGACUUACCAAGCUGCUUCUGCUUCUCCUCUCCUCCCCUUGAAGGGCAAGAUGGUUCUCCAGGAGGGCUUUCCCUGCUGUGUGGCUCACGGCCAGGGGAGGCCAGGGCAAGGUCACCUGAGGAGGAGAACCAAAAAGGGCUUCCAUGUGUGGUUGCUUGAUGAAUGCUGGUGAAAACUCACACCAAGUGCUUGCAGGAUCAGCACCCUGGUGUAUUGCUUUGCUGUUUCCCUGGCAUCAGCCUACCUUCCCAGGUGUCAUGGCAACCCUUGUGCCACACUGCAGAGUCGUGCUCUCGCCUACAGAAAGGUCAUUAAAGACCCCAGCGACAGAGGACCUCUGUCUUCCCUGCUGAAUGGUUUCUUCCUGUGUCCUGACCUUCUUAUUUGAGCUGAAAGGCCAGCUAUGGUGGCUGGUCAGUUACUGUGGAAACUUUCAGGGUGCAGAGUUGGAUCAGCCCUUUAAGAGGGAAGUAUUCUACUUGCCAGUUUAGUGUUGAACAAUAGAUAUGAAUUCCCAGGUGCAGCAGAACUACCACGUGGACUGUGAGGCUGCUGUGAACCACAUGGUGAACCUGGAGCUCCAUGUCAGCUACGUCUAUCUUUCCAUGUCCUACUACUUCAGCCGUGAUGAUGUUGCCCUCAAGCAUGUAGCUACAUUCUUGAAAGAGGAAUCACUCAAGAAGAGGGGAUAUGCAGAGAUGUUAUUGAAAUACCAGAACAAGCGAGGGGGGUGCAUCGUUCUUCAAGACAUUCAGAAGCCGGAGCAGGAUGAGUGGCAGUCCAGCCUUGAAGCCUUCCAGAGUGCUCUUCGGCUGGAAGGAAAGGUGAACCAAGGUCUCCUGGACUUACACAAGCUGGCUCUGGAGAAGGAGGAUCCUCAUCUGUGUCACUUUCUAAAGUCUCUGUUUUUGGAGGAACAAGUGAAGGCCAUCAAGCAGUUGGCAGACCAUCUAUCUAACUUGAGGCGCCUGGGAGUGCCCCAGGAUGGCUUGGGAGAGCACCUCUUUGACAAGCUCACCCUGGGGGCGUGCAGCUGAAAUGGCAAAGGACAUGCCCCAAAUCAGCGGCUAUUAGUUAUACACGAAGCCCUUGCAAUAAAACAUGGAUGUCAAUUGAACCCAAUC